AUGCGCGGCUCACCGGCAUCAACGCACGAUAGCGAAAUCAGCGACAUAACAUUGUUUGUUUCUUUCCGGAUGAAACUCGCUGAUUUUCAAUCAUUUAUCGAUGUUUAUCUAUCCGAGGAAGGCGGUAGGGUGCAAACAAAGGGCUGCGAGAAAGCGAGGGAAACUGAAAGUGGUGCUAUCUUCACAGGCGCUGCAAAAAUGCAGUAG